AACCGCUAUUAAAAUUUGUGUGUAUUGUGCAAAGGUGACAGAUGUGCGUAUAGUUUAUACGUGGCAUGGUAUUUGAAGAUUAAAUUUUGCAAUUAAACAACGUUUUAUUUGAAAAAUGUCUUCUCCCGAUUCUAGCAGUGAAUUAAAAGCAGGACAUCCUCCUGCAGUGAAAGCUGGUGGCAUGAGAAUUACUCAGCACAAAGUUCCAUCUCAUGAUAAACCUCCAGAGGUGAAAAAGACUGAAGGUGAAGAAGAAGAGGAGGAAGUGGAAGUAACACCUAGCCCUCCCAAGCAGCAGCUGAUUAUUUCAGGUGUACCAGCACGGGGAGAUGCUGAUUUUCCUACAGAAGCAGUCCAAGCAUUCCAUAACAAGCCUCUUCCUUCCCAUGACUACAGGCAAGUUACCAAGCCAAAUAUUAUCCAUCAGCCAAGGAAGUAGUUUGGGGAUUGUUUUAUUGUUUUGACCAGUGACUUCACAAGUGAAGAGGUCCUUAAAUACUUCAAUUGGUUAUUAUUAUUAUUAUUAUAUUGGGAACAUUUUUGUUGUAUUUUUUUAUGAACGACAAUGAAAAAGAUAAAUUUGCUGUUAAUACAUUGAUUACUAAAUAAAAUAAAUUUUUCAAUAAAAUUUUGAAUUCUU